GACGCUACAGCGUUGCACGCUGGGUAAACACGUGUGUGGGAUCGCGGAGCAGCGGACACUGUGUCGGUGACGCUGGGAUUUCACCGCCAUGUCGUCCAAAAAACGCCCAGACGGGGACGAGCGCUUCCUCCGGGUCCAGAAGGACCCGCGGUUCUGGGAGAUGCCAGAGAGGCAGCGCAAGGUCAAGAUCGACAAACGCUUUCAGUCCAUGUUCCACGACGAGCGCUUCAAGGUCAAGUACACGGUGGACAAACGAGGGAGGCCCAUCAGCCACACCUCCGCCGAGGACCUGAAGCGCUUCUACAAACUGUCCGACUCCGAGGAAGAGGAGGAGGAGGAGGAAGAGGAGGAAGCUGGCGAGCGCAAGAAAGCAGCAGAGCUGAAGAAGAAGAAGAAGAAGAAGGACGUUGGCGGCGCCAAAGCAGAGCAGCCUGGAGGAGCAGCGAGUCUCUCUGGAGGUGAUGAAGAUGAUGACGAGCAGCGGCCUGCAGAGGAGGAUGAAGAUGACCUAAGCGUCUCUGAGGAGGAGGAGGCGCAGAGUGACGAGGCGAGUGGAUCUGAGGAGGAGGAGUCGGGCCUGGAUUCGGGGGACGACAGCGGGCCAGAUCUGGCCCGGGGGAAGGGCAACAUCGAGACGAGCUCGGACGAAGACGACGAGGACGACGUGGGCGCCGUCCUGAGGAAAGAGGAAGAGGAGAUCGAACACGACUGGGGGGAGCUGUGCAAAGACGCGCCGCGGAGCGACGAGGUGUCGGCGCGGCUCGCCGUCUGCAACAUGGACUGGGACCGGCUGAAGGCCCGCGACCUGCUGGCUCUGCUCCAAUCCUUCACGCCCAAAGGCGGCGCCGUGCUCUCUGUGAAGAUCUACCCGUCGGAGUUUGGAGAGGAGCGGCUGAAGGCGGAGCAGAGUCAGGGACCGAUGGAGCUGAAGGCGCUGCCCGACGACUCGGAGGACGACACGGAGGAGGAGAGGGUUUACAGGGAGAAGCUGCGGGACUACCAGUUCAAGCGUCUGAAGUAUUUCUACGCCGUGGCGGAGUGCGACUCGGCCCAGACGGCGGCGAAGAUCUACGAGGAGUGCGACGGCUACGAGUACGAGAGCAGCUGCUCCGUCCUCGACCUGCGCUUCGUUCCCGAUGACGUGAAGUUUGACGAGGAGCCCAAAGACGCGGCGACGGACGCAAACCUGUCGGCCUACACGCCCAAGCUCUUCACCUCGUCUGCGACCUCCACCUCGAAGGUGCAGCUGACGUGGGAUGAAACCGACCACGAGCGCGUGACGGCCCUAAACAGGAAGUUCAACAAAGACGAGCUGCUGGACAUGGACUUCAGAGCCUACCUCGCCUCCUCCAGCGAAGAGGAGGAGGAAGGUGGUGACGGCGCCUUUGAAGAGGACGUGAAGACGGCGGCAGACGAGCGCGUCGUGGAGGAGAAGAAGAAGAAGAGCGAGGAGCAGAUCUCCAAGUACAGAGAGCUGCUGAAAGGCAUCCAGGAGAAGGAGAAGAAGGUGCAGGAGGACAAAGACAUGGAGAUGGAGGUCACCUGGGUGCCAGGCCUGAAGGAGACGACGGAGCAGCUGGUGAAGAAGAAGCUGGAGGCCAAAGACGCGCUGACGCCCUGGGAGGACUUCCUGCAGAAGAAGAGAGAGAAGAAGAAGCAGAAGAAGUGUGAGAGUAAACAGGUGAGGGCGUGGCUUGCAGACGCACACGGCGUCUUCGUUAGAUGGAACGCUCCAGCCUUCGUUAGCAGCAGCGUUCUGACAUCACUCGAUGUCGAGGUCAUGAUGCUCCGCUGUGAGAGCUGCUUUUACUUUGAUGUCGGAUCAAUUUCCUGA